UUGGUUCUGGAGCGCACAUAAGUUAUUUAAUUAAUACAAAUCGAGAAAAUGGGUUGGGAUUUGAGCUUUUGGGUUCUCUGCUUCUUCGCUAAUUUAGCUCUUCUCUCUUCAAACUUCUAUCAGCUGGUGAUCUUAUCAGACUUGGAAGCUGACUAUUUGAAUCCUUAUGAAUCGUCAUCUCGUAUUAAUUUCUUGAUCGUCCCUGAGUUCGUUGUACAUGGAGUACUCUGUGCUCUUUUUCUGUUGACGUGGCAUUGGUUGUUGUUUCUCAUUACCCUUCCCCUUAUGUGCUAUGCCGCAAUGUUGUUUAUGAAACGAAAGCAUCUUAUUGAUGUUACUGAAGUGUUCAGGGAUUUAAGUUUCGAGAAGAAAUAUAGGCUUGUCAAGCUUGGGUUUUAUUUCGUUCUUCUAUUCAUAAUCAUCUUCAGGCUUAUCUUAUCAGCUUUCAACUUCUUAACUAGUGAGGAACAUACUGUGGAUUUAUUUUGAUUCACCAACUGCUUGAACUGUAUGAUAACAACUUAUCGUAAGUUAUGAAGUUCAAUUUUUUGAUC